AUGGUCAAGGCUCUUGCACUUGAGCUCUUAGAAUUUCUUUACAAUGAGCUUAUGAAAAGGCCGGAAGAAGGAGUCUAUAGUGGGGAAGUUUUAGAACAACAUGCAUGUAGUGUGCUUGCAAAUUUGCAUGCAAGUAAAGACCCAUUCGGUAUUUACCGUCAAGAGUUGGUUUCCCAAGAUGAUCGAACAAGAAGAUCAAACAACCCACUAAGCCAUGUAAUACGUAGAUUGAAUGAGGAAAUAUUCGCAAUCACAACGACUUUCAGUUAUCCAAUUUUAUUAACUCCCAAACUUUACAUAAUAUGUAUAUCAUUAUUAAGUGAAUUAUCUUUAGGGCGACUCUCCCCUCUAUUUUUGGAAACUUAUGAUGGCCAUGUGGACAAAUUUGAGAAAGUAUUCAGGCCAUUAAUGCUGGAAUUGUUUAUCAGGAAAGCCCCUUGGUGGAUAUUAGCAAAAAAUAUAAAGUAUUUGAUAGAAAAUAUAAGUUCCGGAGUUGUUGCGUUCAUGUGCGAUAACAAAAUAAGUGCGGAAUUUCAGGAGUUGAACACUGUUCUUGGUCUUGAGGUGAGAAAUUUAGAAUUGUUAAAUUUCUUACCAUUAUUUUUUACUAGCUUUGAAUCUUUAAAAAAAGGGAUACUAGAAGGUAGAUAUUCAUUUAAUUUGAACUUAGUCAAAGAAAAAAACAGGAUAAAUACUAAAAGAACCUCAAAUCUUGUUAAUCUGGGCGCAAUAAUUGAUAGUUCCAAGAUAGUUGAAAGUCUUAUUACCUCCAAAAAAAACGAAAAGGCAACUCCAGCUGAAAAGGAAAAUCGAGUUUUGGAUACUUUCGCAUUGACAAGAGUCAGCAUUGCAGCUUUUUUUAGAUUUCUCAGUAAAUUUGGAAUUGAGUCUGGCAAGAAAGAAUUUGCAAAAUUUGAAUUAGAUUUUAAUUAUGUUAUUAAUGCAUUUGAAGUAGCUGCUGCAACUUUACUUUCAGGCACUGAGAUGUUUAAUUUGAGUGUAAAAGAAGGUAAUUCUCAAGAACUUGAUGUAGAGUAUAAACCAAACCAACGAUCAAUUUCUCAAGAAAUAUUUGAACUAGAUGGAAGUAAAUCAAAUGAUAUUUUUACUUUGGUAAACAAGGCAAAUAAAUAUUUACCAUUUCAUUUUCUUCAUAUUCAAAUUGUUUCUGGGCUAAGAAAUUUACUUAUAAACUUGAAUAAGUUAAAAGGCUCAAACCAAGUAUUUGGAAAUUUCUCAGGUUUAAACGAUUUAAUCAUUGCCUAUAUAAUGAGGAUGUUAAAUCAAAUAGAAAAAAUUAUCGAGGUACAAAACUUAAAAUCUAUUAUAGAAGAUCAAGAAAAUUCUAAAUUUUCUAAUUCAAAAUUCAAUAGGUAUUUGGAAUUGAUUCCUUCUGAGACUAUUUUCUUGAUUGAAGAAAUGACAAAUUAUUAUGAACCAUGCAAAUCUGUAUUUAAAAAAAAGUUACUGGAUGUUCACAUUUCCCAAUUGAAAAAUAGUAAGAAAAAAGUUUCUUCAUUUUUCAUGAUUACAUUUACACAAGUUUUGAAAGAUGGAAUUAGUAAUAACUUAGAUUACGACUUACUCACGGAAUCUUGGGAUCGUAUUUUUGGAGAAAUCGUUUUCCCAAGUUUAUUGGACACAUAUACAAUUGAUUUAUUCAUAUCAAUGAUUUCAAACACAGAUAUUCUCAAUAGUUUAUCUAGAAUUAACAUGGAAUCCUUUCUAGGCAAGUAUUUGGGAGUUUUUACAAGGAUUUUGGCUUAUCAUCCAGAUUUAUCGGCCAAAUACAUUAUUACAUUUAUUAUGAAUUGUAUAAAAAACUUAAAAGAUCAAAUGCCAAAUUUUCAAUGGUUAAGUAGUUGGACAAAAAUUGUUUUGAGUGUCAUUUGUAUGCCUUUAAUGACUUUUUUCCCACAAAAAGUCAAUUGCGAUGUUAAUGAUUUCAAAGUAGCUAUUGGGUCCAUUAAACCUAAUAACAAAAUUUUUAAAUACCUCUCAAUUUUGGUUUAUCCCAAGAUAUAUGCAGAAAACAGAAAAAAGGGCAAGACAGAUUUAAUGCAGAUCAUAUCUGAUUUUUCAACUAACCUUUUGUUAGUGUCAAUAUAUAAUUCAAAUUACACAGGAAACAAAAGAAUACAUACUACUGCAGUUUUGAAUGUUUGUAAUAAAAUGCUUGAUUUGUUAAUUAAUGAUUUGAUUGACUCACUAGAAGAUUAUAAAAGUUGUAUUGAGAAUAAAUGUUUGAAUUUUGAUGAGCCGGUGAUUAGUAUAGAGAAGAGUAAUAUUGCCAAGUUAAUUUCUGCAUUAAUAAAGGUGUUUCCCUAUUUAUUUCAUCAAGGGGCAAAAUACUCCCAGGAAAUAUACGAAAAUAUCGUGAAAAUUAUUACUUUUAUUAUUACUAAAUUUAAUGAAUUACUCUUUCACAAUGAGGUUUUUGAAGUUGUUUUAAACUUACUAAAUUUUGAUUUUCAUUCGAAUAUAAUUUCUCCAAUUUGUUGGAUAAUUGGAGAAGUCUUUAUUUCACAAAUUAACAAUAACCUGCUUGAUGAACACGAAAAAAAGAUACUUAGGUUAAUUGAUAGUUUAAAGUUGUUAAUAGAAGGAUGCUCUUUGAAAUGCACAGAAGUUUAUAAUGAAUUGAAUAAGAGAAACAGUAACUUGAAAGCUGAGACAGAAUCAAAUAAUGGUGUUAAUGAUGAAGCUAACAGUGAAUGUUCAAAUUCUUCAUAUUCUUCAUUCUUAUCCGACUCUUCUGUUGAGAUUGAUCAUGUUGUGUCGGAAGAUGAACUUAAAGAGAGCGUUGAUCAUUUUAUAUCUACAAGCAACGGAUUUACUGGGGAAGAAAUAUCAACAGGAUAUGGUGGCUAUUUUGAAAAUAACAAGUAUAAUAGCGAGAAUAUGUGUAAGACAGUGGCUGAAUUUUUGGAAGAAGAUGAUAUGAAAGAUGUUAAUAAAUACUUGGAUAAUAUUUACCUGGUUGAAGCUAUUAUAUCAACUUUAUGUAAGAUUGGACUGAGUUGUAAGCAAUCAAAGUCGAAUAUAACCAUUUUAUUGGAAAUGUAUCUGAACAAAUUUCAAAUUGGAAGUUCUGAAAAAGAUAAUUUCGAAAAUGAGAACUUACUUUGCCAAGAAGAUCAACUUAUACAGUAUUCAAGAUUCAUUGUAUCAAAUAAAAUUAACCUUUGUAUUAAAUCCUUGAACCAAUCAUCGGUCUUUUCUACUGCAUUAAACAAGCCAACAGAGCCUCUAAGUAUGCUAUUCUGCAAUAGAAGCUUAAGUUCAAUUCUGUUCUAA